AUGGACGGUUGCGCUGGCCCUAUACCACCAAGGCCAUCCAUGCGCCAGACACGGCUGCUCCUUCUUUCAAUAGACUCGGCCGAUCCUCUGCCCUCCCGCGCCCGUGCUCUGAACUCCUUCGGAACAAUCGUCGUCUCUUCCGCGAAUGAUCGUUACGUGUGCUCCGACACCUCUUCGCCGGUUCAUGACGUUAUGGUUUGUGAGUGCCUUGUCGAACCACCGCUCUUUCAUCUACCGCCACCACCGGAUCUUUCAUUGAUUUGGCAUCUGAUCAGUGAUGAAAAGUAUGAACCGCCAACGGAUUGCGAAUGGAGUCCAUUCAUAUCGAUUUCGGAUGUCUCAUCCAGAAUCCCAUUGGCACCGCUCACCAGUCAUUCGCUCAUAAUCAUUUCACUUAUCGCCGUCCUAACCCUGCUCUCACUAUGCACAUUGGUGAUCUGCCGUAUAAAAAGAGGAAGAACUCGUCGCGCGAAGACGAAAUCCACAUCUUCCGAUGGCAUACUAACCGCUGGAGAUAACGUGUGGACAUACAAUUCAAUGAAGAACUCGUGCUCGGGUUCGGCGGGAAUGCUUGUCUACAAAGGCACAUCACACAAUGCUGCCUAUCAAAAUACUCCAGGAACAAUUCGCUCCUUCGUGCCUACAUCCAUGGAAGCUACCUCAGUACGACCGUGUACAGCGGCCACGUUACGGUUACAUCCGAAAGAAAAUUCCGCUGCAUACCAUACCGUAGGACGAUAUCAAACAUCACCAACUGAGUUCUACGAAGAAAUCCCAUCUGACGGAUAUAUUGGCUCGUAUCCAUAUAAUACGAAAUGCCGAUCAGCUGUCGCCAUACAUCCAAGUCCUUCAUUUAAUCAUGGCACGACGUCGUGUCGUCGUCCACCGCCGACCUGUAAACCGCCGCCAAUCCCGGCGCCCAUCAUAUCCAAUGAAUAUACUCCCAACGGGAGUGAUGAGGGUAGUAUCGACAGGGAAUUGGCAAGAAUUCCCGUCGACUCGCCGCCGCUACCACGAUGGGAGGAAAAUGAACGACAAAGUGGUGGUGAAGGUCGUGAAAGUGGUUACGGUACCGCUCCAAGUCGGCAAUGGAAAAGCCCUCAGGGACGGAUGGAUGACGUAAGUCGAACGCCUGGCUACGUACUUUCACAAGCUCCGAAUGUUCACUCGAUGACAUACGUGUAA